AUGGAGGAAUUAACAGAAAGUCUAGCUACAUCAUUUCAAGUGUCAAAUAUACCAAACAGUACUGCUGCACCUCAUCCCCGGUUACUGCAGUAUAAGCUAAAAUCCAGCGCUGUUGAUCAGGAAGAACGCAGGAGGAGAAAGCUUGAACAGCAGAAACAGUUAAUUGCAAUUGCGAUAAACGUGGUUGUUAUGACGAGGGGGAUUCUUUCCUAUGCAGAGCCCUCUAAGUACACGCUGUUGGAUUGUAUUUACUCUGAAGUAAACAGAACCUUCUAUAUGUUGGAUGUGAUGUGUUGGAGGGGAGUACCGGUAUAUGACAGUGAUACUGAAUUUAGAUUCUACUGGAUGCAUACAAAAUUUGAGGAUGUUCCAGGACUAGCUACACAUUCAAAUAUCAAUCCUUAUAAAAUUAUACCAUUGCCAUACUGUUCGUGUAAGACAGAAUACAUUGAAAAAACCAUGGCAUCACCUCUACCUUUUGAGGUUCAGCUGGAUGGAAUAUUGUUCUACCACAAAGAGACUCACUACACACCGGGCAGUACGCCACUUGUUGGUUGGUUAAAACCAUGGAUGUUGCCAGAAAUAUUGGAUGUCAAAGUACCCAAAUGUUACAUUGAAAGUCGUCCAGCAAAUUCUAGUUUACUCCCUCCAUCCCCAUCAAUGGAUGUCACUGCUCCACAAAGUGCUGCUGGAGAUUCUACAGAAAAAUUACUUUCGUCCCCAGUAAUGGAUAUCGCUGCUCCACGAAGUAAUGUUGGAGAUUCUAUAGAAAAAUUACUUUUGUCCCCGGCGAUGGAUAUCGCUGCUCCACAAAGUGCUGCUGGAGAUUCUACAGAAAAAUUACUUUCAUCCCCAGUAAUGGUUGUCACUGCUCCACUAACUGUUGUUGGAGAUUCAAACAAUGCAAAAACUGAUUUGAAUGAACAGAAUUUGUCAAUUGACUGA